AUGGAACGCAUACUCUGCCCCGACAAGCUUGAUGUUGAUCCAAAUUCCCCAGCUGCUGAGAAGGAAUACAAGCACUGGCGUAAAACUUUUGAAAACUUUAUUGAUGAGUGUGGAGACAGAGCGCUUGACAAACUACGAUGUUUGACAAAAUAUGUGUCUGCUACUGUGUAUGAAUACUUUGCUGAUGCUACGGAGUUUGAAACAGCUAUACAAGUGUUGGAAAAGGUGUAUGUGAAAAAGAAAAAUGAGAUAUUCGCCAGACACCAGCUCGCCACAAGACCUCAGCGUCCUUCCGAAACCAAGGCUGGCAUUACGGUACGGUACGCCUUGUCCGAAACACUGGAUGAAUUUCUUCGCGACUUGCACAGACUCAGCAAAGGUUGUACUCUAAAAGCUGUCACAGCCGAAGAAUAUCGUGAAGAGUUAGUACGGGAUGCCUUCAUCAACGGACUGUCUUCUGCAAACGUACGUCAACGUCUAUUGGAAAAUCAGGCUCUCACACUCUCUCAAGCUUUUGAUCAAGCUAAAGCCUUGGAUCUUGCACAGCGUACUUCGGAAGCCUUCCAGCCACUAGGCCCUGUCAUUGCAGCAGCUUCAGGAUGUGUGGAGGAAACUGUUAAGUCACCAUACACUAAUCAAUAA